UGCACACAGUUGGGGAAAGUGCUGUGAGAGCCAAUCCUAAGCCCCAGGGUUACUGUCUGCACUGGCACCUGUCAUGACAAAAUGGAAGGCCGGCUGCCAGCGGAAGGGUUCGAGCAGCUGAGGCUGAAGAGCCGACCCGAGCUCACCUCUGCAUCUCUCCUCCGAGUUGGUUCUAACGUGUACAGUACUGUUCAGCAACAGGACUAUUCUGCAAGUGUGUGGCUAAGAAAAAAGGACAAACUUGAACAUUCUCAACAGAAAUGCAUUGUGGUCUUUGCCCUAGUGUGCUGCUUUGCAGUACUGGUUGCCUUGAUAUUUUCCGCUGUGGACAUUUGGGGAGAGGAUGAGGACGGAAUCACUGAAGACAACUGUAGCAAAAACUGUCGCAUUGUUCUUGUAGAGAACAUCCCUGAAGACCUGUCCUAUACGGACAAUGGCACUGCCCACCUGUCUCUCUAUCAGGGCCUGCUCAGCCUCCUGGAUUCAGCUGAGAAGACAGUGGAAAUCGUAUCUUCUCAUUGGGCCCUAAACAAUGUAGACCUGGAACAGGGUCAUCCUUCAACCUGGCAGAGCAAGCAGCUGUUUAAAAGAAUAUGUGGUUUGCAGUCUCAAGACAAAAGUCUAAAAAUAGCCAGUGAUCUAAAGCAGAAGGAUUCCAAGGAACUGAAAGAUCUAGAAGCCAGUGGUGCUGACAUACACUUUCUGAACAUGACAGCCUUAACCAGAGGCAAUCUGCGUUCCUCUUUCUGGGUUGUGGAUAAGAAGCACAUGUACAUUGGCAGCGCGAGCAUGGAAUGGCACUCCAUGGCACAGAUGAAAGAGCUUGGUGUUAUUAUCUACAACUGCAGCUGCCUGGCGCUGGAUUUGCAUAGAAUAUUUACCCUUUAUUGGCAACUGGAAUACAAAGACUUUGUCCCAGCAAAGUGGUCCAAGAGGGUGUUUGCCUUAUCCAGUAAAGUGGAGCCCCUCAAACUGCACCUCAACAACUCAAAGGCAGAGGCUUUUUUAUCAAGUUCUCCGAGCAUUUUUUGUCCUAAUGACAGAACCAAAGAUAUUGAUGCCAUUAACAGAGUUAUUUCUGAUGCCAAGAGGUUUAUCUAUGUGUCCAUAAUGGACUACCUGCCUCUGGUCAACAUAGGUUCUCACAGUUCGGGAAGCACACAACCAAACAGAUAUUGGUCUCGUAUUGAUGAAAUGCUCAGAGAGGCUCUGUUAUUGCAUAACAUCAAAGUACGCCUGCUUAUAAGCUGCUGGAAGCAAACACAUCCCUUAACUUUUAACUUUGUUUGGUCUUUGAAGACCCUCUGUACUGAGAUACCGGACUGCAGUUUAGAAGUGAAAUUCUUCUGCAUGACAGAACAGAAUAAUGCUUCUUUUCCUAAAAUAAAUCGAAACAAAUUCAUGGUGACUGACCGAGCAGUUUAUAUUGGAAACAAUGACUGGAUUGGAAAUGACUUCACUUACAACGCAGGCGUAGGUCUUGUCAUCAGUCAAGCAGAGGUGCUGUCAAACUCCACAAUUGUUGAGCAACUAAAAGCUGUGUUUGAACAGGACUGGUACUCUUGGCAUGCCAAAAGUUUACAAGCAAAUGAGAUCCCCGAGUGCAUUAAGCACAAAAUUAACCACACAGCAGGACUUAAGGUCCCAUAAGACAAUGGGGAGGGGAAAGACAGCUUAUAAAGACUUGCGUAAGUCCAAGAGGGAAUGGAUUUUACUUCUAUACCAGAAAAAAAGGAAGCUAUUUUUAACCUGCUUUUUAUCAUGUGUCUUUUUCCUCAGUGAGGAUUUGCAUUUUCACUUUUGACAUCCAUUAUUCAAAAUUUGUUUUAAUUGUGGCCUGCCAGAAUAGAGUCUAGGUGAUGAAAAUUGAUUCUUCCAGUUUUGGUAAAAAGUAGUCUACUGAAUAUUCUGCAGAGAACUUUGGUAUGAUUGUGCAGUUCAGUUCUUUAUAUUCUACAUUAAGAUACAACUGAAGAGAUGUAGAAUUAUGGGCUUGACGACUGCAAAGAUAUGCCUGAUAUCAUAAUUACGUGACACGGAUUAACAUGUUCUCUGAUUACUGUACUGUACAGUCUGUUUUAUAUCUUGUCUGUGGUGUUGUCAUGGAAAAGAACACAUUGAUUUGUCAAGACCAAUUACUUAUCCAUCAGAGUUAUCAAAUGCAACAUGUAAAAAGGCAUUAUAAAGUAAAUCAUUAAAACAAUUUGCAUGUCUCAUGACAAAUAAGCAGUUGAUUACAAACCAAAAUGUUACUGCCCGAUCUCGAAUCAUCCAUAACAUAA